UAAAGUGCCCCCACCCCCUCACUUUUCAAACUUACGCCCCUGGGAAACCGGGCUGCCAACGUGCAUAAACAGUUCGGCUCUGUUAUAUGCUGUCCUGUGCAGUUCAUGCUUUUUCAACAGAGUAGCCCACAGAAAGGGAAGUUUCCGCCUCCUCUUUUUCUCAUUUGUCAUCAGAGCCGCUGCUGAACAGACGCAACACCUCCACUGAACAUGCCGGGACUGCUGCUCGGAGAUGUAUUUCCUGAUUUCGAGGCAGAGACCACCGAUGGCAAAAUUAAUUUCCACGAAUUUCUCGGUGAAUCAUGGGGGAUCCUGUUCUCCCAUCCCAGGGACUACACCCCAGUGUGCACCACAGAGCUAGGUCGAGUUGCCAGACUGAGCGGUGAGUUCAGUAAACGCGGCAUCAAACUGAUCGCCCUGUCCAUCGACUGCCUGGAGGAUCACCACGGCUGGACCAAGGACAUAGUGGCAUACAACUGUGAGGAGUCUGCUUGCUGCACGCUGCCCUUUCCCAUCAUAGCGGACAGUAAACGGGAUCUGGCAGUGGCCCUGGGCAUGCUGGACCCAGAUGAGAAAGACAAAGAUGGCCUGCCGCUCACUGCCCGCUGUGUGUUUAUUAUUGGUCCAGACAAAAGGCUGAGGCUGUCACUCCUCUACCCCGCCACCACCGGACGCAACUUUGACGAGAUUCUACGAGUGGUGGACUCGCUCCAGCUCACAGCAGGGAAACGAGUGGCCACACCUGCCGACUGGAGGCCUGGAGACUGUGUGAUGGUCCCUCCCAGCAUGUCUGAAGAGGAGGCCGCCUCUUUGUUCCCAGCUGGCGUCUACACCAAAGACCUGCCCUCUGGCAAGAAGUACCUGCGCUACACACCCCAUCAAUAAGCACCAACAGACAACACUGUUCAACACUCGUGUCACAGCGGCUCUCGAACAUGGACCUUAAGGACUCUGAGUACUGCUAGUUUCUGUCAUAAACAAGUCAGAGCACAUUCCAGUUGUGACUAAAUGGAUGGAGUAAAAACCAGUGCCUUCAGGAAUAUGUAGGACUUUUCUAAAUAUUACAACACUCCAAAAAUAAAAGCUGCAGUAUUUUACCUA